UGACAAUAACACGUUUUGCGCACGCGCUGUUAACAUUCGACGCACGUCGCGAUUUAUAUACAAUAUUUUAGUUUGUGAUAUUUUAAAGGGCAGCGCAGAUCAGAUUUUUUUUAUUGAGACUGACACACUCUGCUUACUUGCAAAAACGGACAUUUGGGGCUUGAAGUUUACGUGCUACGAAUGUUUACGUACAUGCUAAUGCUAAUGGUUUUUGGCUAACAGGAAGCAUGUGUAGGCUCUUCAGACUUAACUUUUGAAGAUAAAUAAUAGCUGCUUACAGUAUAUUAGACGAGGUUACAAUAUAUGUUAGGUGUGCAAAAUGGGACGUAAAAAACAGGGCAAGUUUGUGCGCCCUGAUAAUAAGGGAAAAGACAAACGACACAAAAUGAAGGGCAAAACAUUAGAGGCUUUUACAGAAGAAAUGCACUGUGCAGUUGAAGCAAGUCUAAUCAGGGAUGAGGAUGGAGCAGAAAGCCCCCAAGUGAAGCUACCUUGUCCUCUUGCCAUGUGGGAGCUGGGCCAUUGCGACCCCAAACGUUGCACAGGCCGAAAGUUGGUCCGCAAGGGCUUUGUACGCAACCUGCGCCUCAAUCAAAGGUUCAACGGACUCAUUUUGAGUCCCAUGGGUACAAAGUAUGUGACACCAGCUGACAGGGAGAUCGUGGCCCAGAGUGGACUGGCAGUGAUUGAUUGCUCUUGGGCCAAACUGGAAGAGACGCCAUUUAAUAAGAUGGUCGGAAGUCAUCCUCGCCUGCUACCUUACCUGGUAGCGGCAAAUCCGGUUAACUACGGGAAGCCUUGCAAAUUGUCUUGUGUUGAGGCUUUUGCUGCCACUUUUUGUAUCGUGGGUUUUGAGGAACUGGCUGUGCUCUUGUUGAAGAAAUUCAAGUGGGGCACUGUGUUCCUGGAGCUCAAUAAAGUUCUGCUGAAGCGCUAUGCCGCCUGCCAGACAGAGCAAGAGCUGCUUGCUGUAGAAAAGGACUUUCUCACCACUAAACCUGAGGAGGAUGAAAUUGAUCCAUUUGAUGUCAACUCGGGAGUAGAAUGUAUGAAUCUCAACAGACGUCACUGGGAAGCUGAGGAGGAUGAUUCUAGCGAGGGCACUGACACAUCACAGGAUGAUGACGACGAUGAUGUUGAUGAUGAAGACGAAGAUGGAAAAAACAACGAUGACUCAGAAAUUGUCUCGCAAGAAGAGGAAGUAGCAACAGCAAAAUCAUCACAGUAAAAUGUAUUUGAAUUUGAUGCUUGUAAGAACUGGCGGCCCAAUAUAAAGCCUCAAAUGCUUUACAAAAGGUACAUUUGGGCAAUUUUUUUUUUUUUUUUUUUUUAAACCUUGUUUAGAGCAUCUUUACUGUUUUUCAGUCCAGGAAAGUAAAAUACAAACACUGUGCUGCAAAUAAAUACAUUUUUAAAGUAUCUGUA